UUGACUACCUAUCAUGUGACACUAUAUGAGAAUUGCAGACUUCGUGGAUUAGAAAUUCAACAGUCCCACUUGACUUCAGUAGGUUACUUACUCCGUGGGAAAUGCUUUCAAGGAGGUCAAAACUCAAUAAUACUACAAAUGAAGAAAAAAAAAUGGCCCAGAGGACUCUGAUCUCAAAAAAUUUCGAACUCCAAUUCUGCACCAUUGCAAAUCAAUUAAAACAUGCCAACUUCGUCUAAUUCACCCGGUCCUCUCCCAAAUCUUCAUCUUGCUUCUCUCAGCCAAUAGCUUUCAGCUUCGGGCUUCAGGUACUCUCUACUGAAAAAGAUUUUACAUGAUUCUUGUAGUAAUUUCUCAUUAACUUGAUGUAAAUUUUGAGGAAACCUAUCUGGGUAUCCAAAAUCUGUAAGAAUUGUUCCGUAACUGUUGACUGUGGCUGUUUUUCUUGUAACUCCACAUUUUCGGUUAAUUUUCCAAUAAAGACAGAGAUGCGAAAAUCAAAUGUUAUGAUGAAGUUAGGAACAAUUAGAGGGGUUCGCAGCUCAAUCUUUAUUUUGGGUGCCCUUGCUCUCUUCAUUUGCAUUGCUAUAUUGUCCAAAUUCUACUCUGUAAGAUCUCUUCUUGUUUCUGAUGCCUUCUGUAAUCAUAUAAAUUCUGAGAGUCAAAGCACAAUUGGAAGUGAAGUGAGAAUGACUGUUGACAUUGUUGUUCAGAAAAUCCAGAAAGAAAUGAAUGACAUUAGAGACCUGCUCGCUGAUUCUUCGUCAUCAUCACCGCCACAUUUGUUAAAUUACGGUGCUUUUCUCGCUGAUAUUCUGGGGCUUAUUGAGUCAGUGCAGGCAUCUUUACCUUCCAAUGAAGGAACUUACCAGCAUAACAAUGAUUUCAAAGCUGUUCAUCCUCUGUUAAAGCCAAAGCAACAAUCUGAUCAACCGGCUGAUUACUUUUUUAUCGAAGAGAUACGCAAGUAUGUAAAGAUCAAGCCCAACAGAUUAGGAAAACAGAACUUCAUGGGGGCUAAUGCUACCUUCACUAGUAUAGGCCACGCUUGUUUUGCCAUGAAGAAAGAGCUUGAAGAGUACAUGGAUUACGAUGUUGGUGAAAUCUGUAAUGAUGAUUGGAAACUAGCUCAAAAGCUGAUGGUUCACGGGUGUGAUCCAUUACCGAGGAGGCGAUGCUUCUCCAGAGCUCCUCAGCUGUACAUGAAACCAUUCCCCAUCAAUGAGUCAAUGUGGAAGCUUCCUAACAAUAAAAACGUUCGAUGGAGUCAGUAUAGAUGCAAAAACUUCACUUGUCUUGCAAGCAGUACUACAUCUCGGAAAGGGUUUUUCAAGUGUGCAGAUUGCUUUAAUCUUUCUGAUCAUGAAAUGCCCAGAUGGAUCAAACAGGUGGAAUUAGACCCCAUCACUAAUUUAACUGCAGAUUUUUUGAUACCUGAAGUACUUGAUAUCAAGCCUGGGGAAAUCAGAAUUGGCCUGGAUUUCAGUGUAGGAACUGGGACUUUUGCAGCCAGGAUGAAGGAGUUCAAUGUCACAGUAGUCUCAGCUACUAUCAAUCUUGGUGCACCUUUUAGUGAAAUGAUAGCUCUAAGAGGGCUUGUUCCUCUAUACUUAACAAUAAAUCAGAGGCUUCCAUUCUUUGACAACACUCUAGAUUUAAUUCACACAACAAGGUUUCUUGAUGGUUGGAUCGAUUUUGUGCUCCUGGACUUUGUAUUAUAUGAUUGGGAUAGAGUAUUGAGGCCAGGGGGCUUGCUUUGGAUCGACAGUUUUUUCUGCUUGAAGGAGGAUUUGAGUGAUUACUUGGAGGCCUUUAAGGUCCUGAGAUAUAAGAAGCAUAACUGGGUGAUUGUUCCAAAGAGAGACAAAGAUGAUCGAGAGGUCUUUUUCUCUGCAAUACUUGAGAAACCACCAAGACCAUUCCGAUGAUUGAGUGAAGUAUAUGUUAAUUGCAAUUGUAUUUCCACAUAGCUAACUUAAAGUAUUGGGUUUUUCAAUUUUAAGUCUCAAAUAAUUCUGUUUGCGCAAGUGGUAAAUCACUUUUAUAGAAA